AUCGCAGACCCAGAGGGGACGGUCUGUGACCAACACCGCUGCUCCCCCUCCUCAACACCCAGCUCCCUGCCCCAGCAUGAAGCUCAUCCUCUGCACCGUGCUGUCCCUGGGGAUAGUGGCUGUGUGUUUCGCUGCUCCCCCCAAGACAACCAUCAGAUGGUGCACCAUAUCCCCUCUAGAAGAGAAGAAAUGCAACAACCUCAAGGACCUCACGCAACAAGAGAGGAUUACAUUGACCUGUCUGCAGAAAGCAACCUACCUUGACUGCAUAAAAGCCAUUGCGAAUAAUGAGGCAGAUGCCAUUAGCUUGGACGGCGGUCAAGUGUUUGAGGCAGGCCUUGCCCCAUACAAGCUGAAGCCCAUUGCUGCUGAGGUUUACGAACACACUGAAGGCUCCACAACCAGCUACUAUGCUGUGGCUGUUGUGAAAAAGGGAACCGAAUUCACCGUGAAUGACUUGCAGGGCAAGACCUCCUGCCACACGGGGCUGGGCAGGUCUGCAGGCUGGAACAUCCCCAUCGGGACACUCAUCCGCCGGGGGGCCAUUGAGUGGGAAGGCAUAGACUCAGGCUCAGUGGAGCAAGCGGUGGCCAAGUUUUUCUCUGCCAGCUGCGUGCCCGGUGCCACCACCGAGCAAAAACUGUGCCGACAGUGCAAAGGGGACCCCAAAACCAAGUGUGCCCGCAAUGCACCUUAUUCUGGAUAUUCUGGAGCUUUCCAUUGUCUGAAAGAUGGAAAAGGAGACGUGGCUUUUGUGAAGCACACAACUGUUGAAGAAAACGCCCCGGAUCAGAAGGAUGAGUAUGAGCUGCUGUGCCUGGAUGGCAGCCGGCAGCCUGUGGACAGCUACAAGACCUGUAACUGGGCCAGAGUGGCUGCUCACGCCGUUGUAGCUCGGGAUGACAGCAAGGCUGAAGAUAUCUGGAGCUUCCUCUCAAAAGCACAGACCGACUUUGGCGUGGACACCAAGAGUAACUUCCACCUCUUUGGCCCACCUGGAAAGAAGGACCCAGUCUUCAAAGACUUGCUUUUCAAAGACUCUGCCAUAAUGCUGAAGCGCGUCCCCUCGCUGAUGGAUUCUCAGCUCUACCUGGGCUUUGAGUACUACAGUGCCAUCCAGAGCUUGCGGAAAGAUCAGCUGACUCCCAGCCCCAGAGAAAACAGGAUCCAGUGGUGUGCAGUAGGCAAGGAUGAGAAGAGCAAGUGUGACCGCUGGAGUGUGGUUAGCAACGGGGAUGUGGAGUGCACCGUGGUAGAUGAGACAAAGGACUGCAUUAUUAAGAUCAUGAAAGGUGAAGCAGAUGCUGUUACCCUUGAUGGAGGUCUGGUCUACACUGCUGGUGUCUGCGGUCUGGUGCCAGUGAUGUCAGAACGAUAUGAUGAUGGAAGCCUAUGUGGUAGACCAGAAGAACAACCAGCAUCAUACUUCGCCGUGGCUGUUGUGAAGAAAGGCACUGAUGUCAACUGGAACAAUCUGAAGGGCAAGAAGUCGUGCCACACUGCUGUGGGGAGGACUGCUGGCUGGAACAUCCCCAUGGGCUUGAUUCACAACAGAACAGGGAGCUGCAAUUUCGAUGAAUACUUCAGCGAGGGCUGUGCUCCUGGGUCUCCUCCUGACUCUCGCCUCUGCCAGCUGUGCCAGGGCUCUGGGGAAAUCCCACCGGAGAAGUGCAUCGCUAGCAGCCACGAGAAAUACUUUGGAUAUACUGGAGCUUUACGGUGUCUGGUUGAGAGGGGUGAUGUGGCCUUUAUCAAGCAUUCCAUUGUGGAGGAAAACACUGGCGGCAAAAACAAAGCUGAGUGGGCCAAGGAUCUGCAAAUGGACGACUUUGAGUUGCUGUGCACUGAUGGGAGACGGGCAAAUGUUAUGGAUUACAGGGAGUGUAACCUGGCUGAAGUUCCUACCCAUGCUGUGGUUGUGCGCCCAGAGAAAGCAAACAAAAUCAGUGAGCUGCUGGAGAAACAGGAGAAACGCUUUGGAGUAAAUGGAAGUGAGAAAAGCAAGUUCAUGAUGUUUGAGUCUCAAACCAAAGAUCUUCUGUUUAAAGACUUAACCAAGUGCCUGAUUAAACUCCGCCAAGGAGUGACAUACAAGGAGUUCCUCGGAGAUAAAUAUUACAGUACGAUUUCCAGCCUCAAUACCUGCAACCCAUCAGAUCUCCUCCAGGUGUGCACCUUCCUUCAGAACAAGUAACGGGAGGGAAGAGCCCUUUUUGAAGGGGGAGGAAACUUCGUGCCAUGACUCCUCUCGUGUCCUCUGCACGGAACACUGAUGUGCAGAGGGCCCUCUGCCAUUGCUGCUUCCUCUGCCCAUCCUCAUCACUCUGAAUGUGGCUUCUUUGCUACUGCCACAGCAAGAAAUAAAAUCUCAACAUCUAAA